GUGGGUUUGUCUUUUUUACCUUGCUAAAUGGAGAGGCGUGUAAGUUUGCUUUGAUGAUAUUAUCUAACAACAUUUUGUUUGACAAUUAAUUCGCUUGACUCCUGGUACAAAGAUAGAUAUUGGACACGCUAACGGCUUAGUCAUUACUUUUACAUUCCUGAUCGUAACAAAAGUAUGGAAAAUCACCCGCCAUUUUGGAAAGCCAAGUUGUUUUCUCCAGUCGUAUUGAUACGAGAGAAACCGACUUACCAAACAGUUCGAGAUGAAAUCGGUUUGGAACAACGUCACUGCAACUCUUGUAACACAGUUUGCAGUCAGUUUCAAGACUUGCCAUUAGAUUUAACAAAGAGAGGAAAGGAUUCGGCAGCUGGAAUGCCAGACCACUGUGGACCGUUUGAAAAUUAUACCACUUCUGAACGCUUUAACAAUUACUUAUCAAGAACUGGAAAUCCUUGCAUAAAUUAUCAGUCUGUAGCUGGUUUUCACGGCUCCGUUCAGGAAUACCCGUUGUGUAGAGAACAACCAAACGUUUCUGAAGAUUUUUGCAUAAAACGAACAGAAUGGGAAUGUGACAGUACUUCCAAUCAGCGUGUGACGGAAACGGAUCCUAACCAAACGAAGUCUCGACUUUCUUCUUUUUGUCUUGACGUCCAGGGUAUUGAUUGUAGUAAAACCCCGUACGGUACUUACAAUCAUCGUCAUAAGUUGCCAGGAAACCAAACGAACUUUUCCAGUGUUUUGCCAUUUCGGAAUAUGCAAUGGAAAAGUGAUAGACUCUCCAUGCCUAAUUAUGAUUCCUCGGUGUUGUCUUCCAAAACAAACUGCAUGGUGAAAAGGACGGGGAGAGUCAAGGCUGUUGAGAAACUGAAGAGUUUUGGGUGUCCGUAUUGUGAGGUGACCUGCAGUAACAGGGGUCAAUUACUGGGUCAUAUAAGAAUACAUACAGGCGAACGGCCUUACACGUGCCCAGAACCUGGAUGCCAGAAGAGUUUCAUUCGUAACGAGGAACUGACACGUCAUCGACGGAUACACACAGGCGAACGUCCAUAUUCAUGCGCGAAUUGCGGCAAAGCAUUCACAAGAAAGGACCAUUUAAACAAACAUAUAAAAAUACACAUAGAGAACAAUGUGUAUUUUCGAGAAAACAUUCGUGAUGGCCCGAAAUAUCUUACCAAGUUGUAACCAAAUCUUACAGCAUAUUAAUUUAUGCAAGUGCUAAAAUCAUUACAAUAAAUGAUGACUAUUUUACAUCGCUGCGAUUUUCUACGAAUGAAGCUAGAACUAUUCUGUACGAACAUGAUGUCAUGAUUUCAUGAUUUAGACCCACUUAUUCAAUCAAUCAAUACUUUGACCUCGUACUUACAUCCACAAGAGAUUCAAGCACGUCUGUCGUAGGUACAUCCGCCAAUUCCCGGCGGUGUGUCGAAGUCAAGGGCGCACUUAUUUAGCUGUUCGGAUAACUGUGAUUUAAUGUAUAAACAAUACUAAUCUGAGAACCAAUCUGAUUAAAAUCAGCUCCACUGGGUUUUUAAUUAUAUACUGACACACAAUGAA